AUGAAGAAGAGAAUCAGGAGAAGGUGCAAAGUUGGAGAUCAGCUCUCAAACGAGUUGCCAGUAUCUCUGGAUACCAUUUGCAGGAGAGGAACUGAUUAUUCUCCUUAUGGAUUGCAUGAAACAGAAUUUAUCCAAGAUAUUGUUGAAGACCUAUCGAGAAAACUGGAUCAAGAAUUUCCAUCAUAUAUUACACGAGAUCUUGUUGGUAUGGAGUCUCGAGUGGAGAAAAUGAUUGCAUACAUAAAACCAGGAUUGAACGAUGUUCGCUUCGUUGGCAUCUGUGGAAUGGGAGGGAUAGGUAAAACUACAAUAGCUGAAGUUGUAAAUGAUAUGCUUUCAAAAGACUAUGAUUGUAGAUGCAUUCUUCGCAAUAUUAGAGAAGUCUAUGUUAAAAAAGGUCUGGAAGCUUUGCAGCAAAAACUUCUACAUUCACUCAUGCAUGAAAGAAAUUUAUAUCUGGAUGAUGUUUCUCAUGGAAUCAACUUGAUUAGAAGACGUCUCUACUGGAAAAAGGUUUUUCUCGUUCUUGAUGACGUGGAUCAAUUGAAACAAUUGAAGAGUUUAGCUUGGGAGAGAGAAUGGUUUGGUUCUGGGAGUCGAAUCAUCAUUACAACCAGAAAUAAACAUUUGCUAUCCCAUCUAACUGAAAACAUAUAUGAUUUUAAUGGACUGACUUUCCAUCAAUCUCUUCGACUGUUUCAUUUGAGUGCCUUUAAAACCUCACAACCCACAGAUGAUCUUCUUGAGCUCUCGCAACAGGUGGUAAAUUACAUGAACGGACUUCCAUUAGCUAUUGCAGUUUUGGGAUCCCAUUCGUGUGGUAGAAGUGGUGUUGAGGUAUGGAAGAGUACCUUGGAUAGACUAGAACACUUUCCAAAUAGAGAAAUUUUGGAAUCACUCAGAAUAAAUUAUGAUGGACUAGAGGAUGUGAACAAGAAAAUAUUCUUAGAUAUAGCAUGUUUCUUCAAAGGAGAGGAAAAAGAUCGAGUUAUUGAGAUACUAAAUAGUUGCAAUUUUUAUGCAAAUAUUGGAAUGGAAGAACUGAUUGACAAAUCUUUGAUAACUAUUACUUCAAAAAACCGAUUACGGAUGCAUCAGUUAUUGCAGGAAAUGGGCUGGGAGAUUGUUCGUGAACAACACCGUAAUGAGCCUGGCAAAUGGAGUAGGUUAUGGGUAUAUCAGGGUAUCUACAAAGUUUUGACAAAAAUAAAGGGAGCAGAAGCAAUUGAAGGUAUAAUGGUUGAAGUAACUCACUCGAUAGAUAUGCGUGAACAAGGAAUCAUGAGCCUGCAUGAUAAAUCUUUUUUAGCCAUAACCAAUUUAAGGUUACUCAGCAUCAGUAAUGUUCUCCUUUCCGAGAACCUCGGAUAUCUCUUAAGUGAGUUACGAUUUUUCGAAUGGAAUGGAUACCCUUUAAAGUCCUUGCCCUUAUGUUUCCAACCGCAGAAUCUCUUUGUGCUAAUUAUGCGCAACAGCUGCAUUGAAUAUCUUUGGGAGGGCAUGAAGUCCUUUUUGAAGUUGAAAACCAUUAAUCUCAGUCACUCCUGCAACCUGAUAACAAUCCCAGACUUUACUGGGGUUCCAAAUAUUGAGACGCUAGAUCUUGAAGGCUGUACGAAGUUGCGUGAGGUUCACCCAUCUGCUGCAGUUCUCACAAAGCUAACUGUAUUUGUCUUGAGGGAUUGUAGAAAUCUUUCGAGUUUUCCAAGCGAUAUCAAUGGUUGGAAGUCUCUCAAGAUUCUUAAUCUCUGUGGCUGCUUAAAAUUAGACAAGCUGCCUCAAAACAUAGGGGUAGAAAUGUUUGGAAGAACUAGAUAUGAAUAG